GUGGGCGGUUUCCCGCGCCGGGCGCAGAGCUGGCCCCUGCGCUGCCGCCUCGCUCGCAGCUGCGCCGGGCCCGCAGCCGAGCCUCGCGUUCCGGAGUCGCCGAAGCCCGCGGCAGGGGAGCCCCGCGCGCUCCGAGGUGCCCAGACCCCGCGCCCGGAAAGCCGGGGGCGCGGUCAGCUCGCUGCGCGGGACCCAGGACGGCCGCCUCCCCCCCACCCAACGCAAGGCGCAGCAGCUGAGCGAAGCCACAGACUCCCUGGUCUCUUGCCUGUUGUCCUCAUGAGAAAAACCAACAUGUGGUUCUUGGAACGGCUUCGGGGGUCUGGGGACAAUGGAGCCAGCCGCGGGGUGGGUGGCGAGGCUGGGGACAAGGCCUCCAAGGGUCCUCUAUAUAGCAACGUGCUGACGCCGGACAAGAUCCCCGACUUCUUCAUACCCCCCAAGCUGCCCUCUGGCCCUCCAGAGGCCGAGGGGCAGGCAGACCUGGGCCCAUCCACUUCCGAGCAGAACCUGGCUUCACCUGGGCCCCGCCGAGCACCACGAAGCCCCCGGCUGCCUGUCAAGUUGGCCUCAGAGAGCAGGAGUCUGCUGAAGGCAGCCACACGACACGUGAUUCAGAUAGAGAGCGCAGAGGACUGGACCGCAGAGGAGGCCACCAACGCCGACCCCCAGGCACAGGGUGCCAUGUCGUUGCCCUCUGUGCCCAAGGCUCAAACAUCCUAUGGCUUUGCCACACUGGCUGAGAGCCCCCACACCCGACGCAAGGAGUCCCUUUUCCACAGUGAGCACGGGGCCCUGGCCCAGGUGGGUUCCCCUGGUGCUGGCCGCCGGCGAGCAGGUGCCAAGGCCAAUGGGGGUAAUGGGGGACCCCGGGAGGCUGGAGGGGGCCUGAUGAGCCCUAGUCGCUACUUCAGCGGCGGGGAAAGUGACACGGGGUCCUCUGCCGAGUCCUCUCCCUUCGGGUCCCCUCUGCUCUCUCGCUCUGUGUCGCUGCUCAAGGGCUUCGCCCAGGACAGCCAGGCCAAGGUGAGCCAGCUGAAACACUCGGUGGGCCGCCAUGGCUCCCUGUCUGCCGAUGACAGCACCCCAGAUACUAGCCCAGGUGUCCGUCGCCGCUUGACCCGCAAGGCUACCCCGGAGCCAGGCCCCGAGUCUGGCCAGGCACCACGUGGAGAGCACACAGUGCGGAUGGGCACCAGGGGCAGCGUGAGGCUGCUGGCGGAAUACGAGGCGGCUCAGGCCCGCCUGCGUGUGCGCCUGCUGGCGGCUGAGGGUCUGUACGACCGGCCUUGUGAUGCCCGGAGCAUCAACUGCUGCGUGGGGCUGUGCCUGGUGCCCGGGAAGCUGCAGAAGCAGCGGAGCACCAUCAUCAAAAACAGUCGCCACCCCAUCUUCAACGAGGACUUCUUCUUUGACGGCCUGGGUCCAGCCAGCGUGCGCAAGCUGGCCCUCAGAAUCAAGGUGGUCAAUAAGGGUAGCAGUCUCAAGCGGGACACAAUCCUGGGGGAGGAGGAACUGCCACUGACCUCGCUGCUGCCCUUUCUGUGAGGUCACCGGCUCCUCCCCCUCCACAUCGGAGUGGGUGGGGGCGGGGCCUGCGGCCCUGUGUUUCCCUGGGUCUCUCUUAGUGGAUUGCUCUUUUCAUAGGAGAUGGGCUGCAGGCGCAAAGCAUUGCUCUGCCGGCCGGCACCCCUCCCCCUUCCCACUCCGUGAUACCUCUUGGCCCUUUCAUCUUGAGUUGUGGGGUUCUUAGCGGUCCCAGGAUCCUGGGUACCUAAGGCAACCGGUACCCAGAGAUUAGGUCCCCGAGUGGGGGCUGGCCUAUCUUUCCCCCCUUCACUGCACCGGGGUGUUUUCCGUCACAGUCUGGUUGCUACACUCAGCUCAGAUGCUCUGAGAACCCCUCGUCUGUGGGAGGUCAUCCUCCCUGACCAGGCUGGCUCCAGGUAGACCCAGCCUCUCAGGUUCUGGGGCUGGUGUUCCAUUCUGUCUAGAGCUGGGGAGACUAGAAGUGCGUUAGGAGCCGAGGGUCGCAGGGUCUCUUCGCUGUUGGCUCUUUGGCGCAGGAUUCUCUCCACUCCUGCCGACCAACCAGAAGCACCUGUAACCCAGAGCUUCUGCCUCAAGCCCAAGACUCCCUCCCCAUUCAGCAGGCUACAAACUUCCUUCCCAGGGUGCCCCUUGCUCCAGAGUGUAAAUAGGCUUUGGUGGUGGGUGGGAGGGACAGGUCUGGGUUCUGUGUGGUUUCCCUGCAUAGGAAGCCCUCCUGCGGUAGGAUCCUGGCUCCCGGAACUGCUGCUGCGUUCUGCACAAACUAUGCCUCGGAUUAAAUGGACUGCCUGUUGGGCCCUGGUGGACCAGGAAGGGCCCGGUGUCCUUCCUCUUUUGCUAUCCUCAAACUCUAAAAGCCCAAGGCCCUCUAGAGAAGAACAUGGAGCUGAUUCUUUAGGGACCCUUUAGGCACAGCCGAGUGGCACCUUGAAGUGGACUCUUCCCUGUGCCUGGUCCCCACAGUCUCUGGAACUGGGGCACAACCAAGACCUGGGCUGGUCAGUUGGGGUGAUGGACAGAAGGGCGCACGGAUCACCUGCUGUUUUCUGUUUCCCAUCCCCUAUGCUCCACAGGGUCCCGUUUUCUACACCCUGCACUAUUCGAUAUCUUUGUGUUUGCAGUUGACUGUGUGCGCCUCUUUAAGACGCCUCCC